AAAAACUUGAGUCCGGCGACCAUCAGAAUGCAUUUUGCGUCCGUCCUCUGCUGGGGUUCUGUCCGACGGGUUGUCAAAAGAGAUUGACGAAGAUCAGGUUAUCAUGGCAACACUCACCAGAGCACUGGCUGUGCUCUUGACCCUGCACUUAUGCACUGCAGAGACUCCAUUCAGCGUGUCAAUUGGACCUUGCCCUGGCAUUCCCCAAGUAGAUUGGACGGAGCGUAUAAAUGCCUACCUGAGAGGAAUUCCCAACAACCUAACGCUCCCGGAAUUUCUCCAAGGCAACGAAGCAAUGGGCAUGGAUAUUGGCUCCCCGACCCUUACGGGCCUUGGAGACCUGUGGGCUUACAAGCCUUACAGCAGCGCCUGCUUUGCCCAGACCACCACGUACGUCGAGGUUAUCGCCUUCGCUCGCGUUCCACUUGUUGCUACCGUGAGCUGGAAGGGCUGCACCGGAGGGUCAGGGCAUAUGGGUAUACAGGUGUCCAGCAGCCAGCUUCGGCUCGUCUUCAAAGUAACCCCUACGAGUGAUGACCCAACACAUCUAGAACUGUCAAGAAUCUACCCUGUGAGCCUGGAAGACGCCGAAAUGUUUAUUUCCGGUGCCCCGAAGGCAAUCACCAGGAUGGUGCACUACACCAGCGUCAUUAUGAAGCAUCAAAUCGAGCAGUUCUGGAGCUUCCUACUUCGCAUGGAUGCACAGUUUCUGAUCAGGGGCCAGCGCCCCCGAGCCUAAGAGAUUGUAAUUCUCUGACAUAUAUGAAUAAACUCUUGUAAACUG